UUUUUGCGUUGAACAUGGCUCAUAACGCCAACCAGUUUCUUUAAACCCUCUUGGACCUUGCAGCUUCAAUGCUUUCGUAGAGUCCACCAUUUGGGACGUUUCUACCACAUGACAUUCAUGUGUUUUUUAUAAAGUUAACAUGUGAUUAAAUGGGGCUCCAAGGUUCUUUGUCGCACAAAGUAAAAUGCUGUUUUAGGUGUUGGUACCGACAAUUCAUGUAAAUUGAAUCAAAUCAUCGGUGGUCUCCGUCUUCAUUGGCUUCAUAUAUGAUUUUUUUUUUUUUUAUAACAGUGGUUAGGUUUGAGGUAACAAGCCAAUAGGAGUCCCCCUGUUUUUUUUUCUGGUUCAUUUAAACAUUGUAAUAGAUUACUUUUUGCAAAAGUUGUGUGAGAUAUCGGGAGAUCAGACCUGUGUCUUGACGUGGUCACGACAGGGUUUGGGUAACCGGUGGGGGGGCAGUGGCUGAGGGGUAGAGUGGUCGUCCUUUGUCCAGAACGUUGGCGGUUCAAUCCACAGUCUUCCGCAUCUGCAAGCCGAAGUGUCCUUGGGCAGCAGCAGUGUCCUUGGGCAGCAGCAGUUACGAGUAAAUUAUACUGCAGCAGUUCCGAGUACUCGUAACCUCCACUAGAUUUGUUUCCAGCAUUGCUUUGUUUCCUUUCAAAAACCAGACUUUAUCCCACUGAUCAAUUUAUUGAGGAAGCGGAAAAAGAAAAAUGUUCUUUAUGACACCCAGACCAUUGUUUUCUCCUAGGGUUGGUUUAUCUCAGCCAUCAACGACCCCUAGAUUUAGAUAUGACCUUAUGACGUUAAUGUUUAAUCCGGUGGAGAGGGAAAUUCAGUCUGUCAAUAUCGACAGACUUAACAGCAUAACAAGGAAUGACUCCAGCCUGUCUGUGGAGGUAUCAUACACAGGUAAAUUAUUACCAUUUAUGUGGUGUGUUUAUAAGUCAGAAGAAUAAUCUUAACUAUCACCUUCACUUGUUCCUGAGUGACUCCUGGCAAUGAUUGAUAAGGAUACGACAUUACUUAAGGAUGGGGUUAGUACAGAUGCUACAAAGCUGAACUGGACACUGCCAGUCUGAGGAUGGAGGUGACAUUGUUUUUUCCCCUGCUGCUGCUGAUCUGCUCUCACUCCACAGCUCAGCCUCAACCAGAGUCUGACAAUGACUUAACUCCUGUUGGAGAUAACCAGACGAGGCAACCUGCAAACGUUUCUCUGACCACAUCCACUUGCCCACAGGACAUCCAUGCCGUGCUGAGAGAAAUGAGCGGCUUGUUGGGUGAGCAGAGGGUGGAGCUGAGGCACCUACAGCGAGAGAAUGAUGCACAAGUAGCAAAGCUGAGGGAGCUGGAGAAAUUGCAGAGGGAGCUGGGGAAAUUGAGCCAACAGGUCAAAGAACAGGCAGGAGAACUGACGGCCAUUAAAGCAGGGACAAACGUGACUGAAAACCAGGUAGAGGCUCUGAGGAGAGACACGGAAGUCAAACGCGUGGCAUUCACCGCCGCUCUGGCUUCAGAUAGAACAACCAUCGGACCAUUUAAUACAGACACUAAUCUGGUCUUCAGACAAGUCAUUACAAAUAUUGGAAAUGCCUACAACCCGAACACAGGUUCUUUCACUGCACCGGUGAAAGGAGCCUACCACUUUGAGCUCCAUAUAGCUGCACAUGGAGAUCCUUCAUAUCCUUCAUCUGCUUGGUUGGUCAGAAAUAGACAUGUUAUUUGUAUGGCAUAUGAGCAUCAGCCAUCCCAUUUUGGGAGUUCUGCUAAUGGCGUCACGCUGCUGUUAGAGGUCGGAGAUGUUUUGUUUUUGCGUCUGCAGACUAACUCAAGGGUAUUUGACAAUGAACAUAACCAUAGCACCUUCAGUGGUCAUCUGCUUUUCACCAUGUGAGGGGAAAAGUCCUGUUUCUUCAGCUGUAUGUUACUGUAUUAUUACAAAAUAUAAUUCGAAACAAUAAUAACUAAAUCUUAUAAUUCAAGAUAACCAAUUUGAUAAAAGUAUAUAUAUAGCAGUGAUAAUUGGGGACAUUUCUUUAACAUGUGAUCAAUUAAGUUUUAAAAUCUAAAUGUUGUAAUUAUGAACUGAAACUAGACUUGUGAACUGAAACUAGACUUGAUAGCCUGAUAUCAAUGUCAAUGAUUA